UCGGGUUAAGACGCGCGCCGAGCCACUCCUCUACCCGGACACGUGAGGCUUCGAGGCGACCCGGAGCAUCACUCGCUCGGGAAUCGAAGCUUCACCACCGGGUCUGGAAUGUGGGAAUGGGCUUCAGGAAUUUUCAAGUAGCCAUAAGUGAAUUAUUCCCGAUAUUUGACAAGGCUUUGGAACCGUAGAGUGUAUAUAUCUAAAGUUUGAAUUAUUGGCGAAAGUAAAGUAAGAAUAAGUGAUACUCAACCACUACUGGAAUUCUGAAAUUAUUUGUAACUCACGUAAAACACCUUUUAUUCUGCUUUGAAAGCUUUUCUUGGCUCGUAUUUUCAAGAAUGAAUGGUUUAUAUUUUCCCUCAACAGUCAAUCAUGACUUCUAUCAAAAAAAAGACAAAGUAUGUUCAAUCAUAUUACUCCUACUGGCAUUAGUGAAUCGGAAAUGCCCUCUAUGAAACCGUAAGUACCUCAUGAAGAAUAGGACCACAGCAGGUUAUGAAAAAGAAAUCGAGUUACCUCAAUUAAUCACACGAUCUGCAAAAGCUUACAGAGACCCUAUCAAUGACACUGUAAACGAUGAUAUAUCAAUAGACAGCUAUACUCAAGAUAAAUUAGGUCGACUUCAACUAGCCAAAGCACACACAUGCCAAACGAUUCAUUAAUAUAUCAACAGCCAAUCAAAAACAUCGGCAGGCAAUAGACAAAAACGUACCUCAGGUAUUUUACUAAGUUAAGAGAGCCCCUGAUACGACGCCAGCUGACGACCGAGAACACCAGCUGUCUUCAGGGAAUACUUAAUCAUUUACACGAGACUCCUCAGUACUCUCUUACGAUAUAUGGAUGUGUAUAGACAAAAGAUUCCGUUGACUUAGAUGUGAUAUUAAGAGCAUUCGUCACCGAGGUGUUGAGAAAGGGAAUUGCAGCAUCAAGGUGCAUGAACGACAGAAACAAAAAUGUCUUGAAGUGGAUACAAAAGUGAGAUCUUACUCCAAGUUGUCAGCUGAAAAAGAAAUUCCUUCUCGAAAGUGAGCAAAGACACGUGAAAGAGAAUAGAUAGAUAAAUAACAAGGGCAUCCAGCUGGGGAGAACAGAAGAUCGAGAGACCGUCGUGAAGAUGUCUCUCCAUUCGAUGUUCGUGCAGAUCGCAGUGGCCGUCUGUGCCUUCGCCAGCGCAACGUCCCAAGAGAUGAAGACGGUGUGGGUGGUGUCCGGAGGUCGGGCGGAGCUGCCCUGCGUCCCUCGCACUCAGUACCCGGAUGACCAGCCUGUCCUCGUCCUGUGGUAUCGCUCGAGCAAGACGCGCCCGGUCUACAGCUAUGACGCGAGGGUGGGCGACUUCACCGCGGGCGUGCGAUGGACAGACCCGGAAACGCUCGGUGGGCGUGCCUACUUCACCGUUAUCUCCGACCCGCCCUCGUUGGUGCUGGAACCCGCCCAUCCCCAAGACGAGGGCGUGUAUACCUGCCGCGUUGACUACCGCCUGUCCACCUCCACCAGGACGAACGUCAACCUCACCGUCGUCAUUCCCCCCGGACCGCCCAUGGUGAUGUGGCGCGGGCAGCGGGUAGUGGGCGCCGUGGGUCCGCUAACGGAGGGCGAGAGGGUCGACCUGACGUGCCGGAGCGUGGGUGGGCGCCCUCAGCCCGUGCUUACCUGGUGGAGGAAGGGCAUGCGACUGCCGCUCCUGACGGUGAAUUCCACGACGGAUUCCGUUACAGGAACCUACGCCGUGGAAGCUACCCUCACUCUGACGGCGUCGAGGGAUGUUGCGGGCGUGGACUUUACCUGCCACGCCUACACGCCCACGGAACUCCACGGGGACGACGGCUCAGCAAUCGUGCAGCCUCGAACAGCCACCAUUUCGCUUAAUGUCACAUUGCCUCCUAUGGAAGUUCGCAUCCUGAGCUCCGAGCAUCCCAUAGCCGCCGGCAAGUCCAUCCGCCUGGUGUGUCGCGCCGUGGGGUCCCAUCCGCCCGCUCACCUCUCCUGGUGGAGCGGCACCUCGCCUCUCCGUCAGGUAGUCCGCGCGAUCGAGGACGCCGGUAACGUAACGACGGCGACCCUGAACAUACUGGUGGAGAGACAGCACGACGGCACGACACUCAGAUGCACGGGAAUCAAUCCGGCUCUCCCGCACUCGCCGCUCACCGAUACGUACAAGCUGACGGUGUACUACGCCCCCGUGGUGGGCCUGCGCCUGGGCCGCGCGCUGACCCCGAGGCUGAUCAAGGAGGGCGACGACGUGUACUUCGAGUGCGACGUGCAGGCCAACCCCCCCUUCCACCGCGUCGACUGGUUCCACAACGGCAUGACGAUGGAGCACAACAUGAGCGCCGGCGUCAUCAUGAGCGGCCUCUCCCUCAUCAUCAGAGACGUGACGCGACAGCAUGCCGGCUCAUACACGUGCGAGGCGGCCAACAUGGAGGCGAGGACGAUCAGCAACGCCGUCUAUCUCACGGUCAAACACGCGCCCGUGUGCGCCGGCACGGGGCUCGAGCGGACCCAGGGCGCCGCCAGAGGAUCAGCCACGGCCGUCAAGUGCACGGUGGAGGCGGAGCCCGCCCGCGACAUCUCGUGGACGUGGGUGAGGACGCUGGCGGACGGAAGCGAGGUGGACAUCCCGGAGGAGAACAUCAUCAGCGAGGGCGUCUCUUCCAGCGUCUCCGUCACGCCCCAGACGCCUGAGGACUACGGCCAGCUGCUGUGCCGCGCCUCCAACGAGGUCGGGCAGCAGCGGCAGGCGUGCGUGGUGACCCUCGUGCCCGCUGGGCCUCCGGACACGCCCUCCAACUGCACCGCCGCGCCCGUCAACGCAGAGGCCUCGACGGACAGCGCGUCGCUUGCCGUCAGCUGCCUGGAGGGCUUCGACGGCGGCCUCCCGCAGAGCUUCCUGCUGGAGACGUGGCAGGAGGGCGUUCUCAUCGCCAACAUGUCCAGCGACUUCCCCGAGUGGGUGGUGACGGAGCUCCGCGCGGGCCUCGGGGCUACCUUGCAAGUGACCGCCUACAACGCCCGUGGAGCGAGUGACACGUUGCUGAUGGAGGUCCUGACCACCAGCGCCCAACACCAUGCAGCUCCGGAUGCUAAAGGCAUGCCCGACAUCCCGCCCCUGCUCGGCGCUGCGCUAGGUGGGGUGGGCGUGCUGUUCCUCCUGCUGCUCGUGGGCGUGGUCGUAGCGAAGCGGGUCCAUCGCCGACCUAAAAAGCCCGUUGUGGAAAUGGCUCUCACGCCCACCGCCGGCGACGACUACGACCCCGACGUCGUGAAGUCCAUCCCGCGCCGCCCGCACAGCCUCGACGUCCUCCCGCACGCCCGCGAGGACGAGGCGCACGAGAUGGACCUCCGUAGCCAGGACGAGGACGAUGAGGACGCCCUCGACGCCGCCACGCACGCCUUCGUCCAUUCGCGGCCCGGGAGCUGCUCCUCCAGCGACAGCCAGAGCGUGGCGAGUCCUCACCACCUCGACGACAGCCACCUGUACGAAGCGGACAGACAGUUAUCGCCCGGGAGAUGCUCCUGCGCCCACAGACACAGCCACACGCCCACGCCGGACGAGGAACCUCGCGACAGCCACCACAGAAGCAGAGACAGACAGGACCUUCGUCUGACCGACUCGCAGAGCGACGACUCGGGCUUGUCGGAGUCGGAGUCGGAUCCGGAGCUUCGGGAGCUGAUGCCCGCAGGCGAGGCGGCGGCGGCGGCGGAGCGCCAGGCGGGCGACGGGAGGGCCUACGAAGCCCUUCCGACGGAGGACGCCCCCUCGCCGCAGUACCACAGGCAUCCUCACUCGCGGUCCUCCUCCUGCGGAGCGCGGAGACUGCCUUCGUCGGUCUCCGCGGAGUUCAGAAAACUGCCGAUCUCUCCGGGACACCUUCGGGAGUCCCCUCGAGGCUCCAGAGUGCUUCCCACGUCCCCGGAGGACCUCCGUCGGCGAGUGUCGCCGCCGAGUGGCGAGUCCAGAGGCUCUAUGUCUUCGGGCGGGGAGCUCCGGUCGCCGUCGGACUCCCUCUUCGCCUGCAGCCAGGUGACGCCGCCGCCGGAGCCCGCGUGCCGCUGCGCCGCGCAAAGCGUCCCGCCCAAGAGGACCACGAGACGGAAGCUGCCAACCUCGCCGCCGCAGAUCGUGAGGCCGAGCAAAAAGGCCCCGUACCUCGUCCCGUCCCACGACGUCCCGAGACACGACCAGGCCGUCAGGAGGGACUCCGAGCCCUACGGGGCAGGCAGGCCGGCCACGCUCGUCGAGGGAGACACGGGGGAGAUCAUCCUCCUGACGCGGCAGUCGCCCAGAGCCGACGAUCCGAAGAGCGGCCGCCCCUUCGCGCCAGUCUUCCCGACCGCCAAAGUGUCCGAUUCCUCCCGCAGGCUGCAGACGGCGCCCUUGCCCCGCCGAGGGAGCCCCGCCAAGGAACACGCGCCCCGGAAGUACGAGGCGACGCCCGUAAGCCCUGCGUCUCCCAAGAUCCCCCACCUCGACGCCAGCGAUUACCAAGUGCCAGCCAACCCCGACGUGUGCAAGCGAGAGACGUCCGUAUGACACAUGCCCACUGACACGCGCUUUAUAUAUCCGUGAUGUUGAUGUGUCACCCAAGGCUUCAGAAGCAGAGGAAAGGUUCGCUGAGGUUUCAAAAAAGAUCUAGUGCUGGAGAUCCAACACAAAGAUGCCACCGUCCCCUCAGAACCUGCCCUCUAGCGGAAAAAAGGGGAAAUAAAAAGGUAUUCUCACGUAACACCAUCUUCCAGUCCAGCCUUGGGGACCAUCGUCUCGCUUGCCAUUCUUUCGGGCCAAAGAAACCUCAACAGAUCUUAAGAAAUGGAAAAGAUAAUAAAACUGAAUAAAAGUAAAAAUGAAAGUAAAUGGAUAUAUGAAAUAGAAUAAAAGAAUCUCAGCAAAUUACAAAAAUGAGAGCAUAAAUGGAACAGAAUAAAAGAAACCUUAACGUAUUACAAAAAUAAAAUGACACAUGGUAUAAAAUUAAUUAUAUAAAAAAUGAAUGACAUAUUUUAUCAAAAUCAAUGAAAGAUAAUGAUCAAUGAAAAUAUAUUAUAUGUAUGACUGACCAAAGCUAAGAAAAUAUCUGUGUCUAGGAUUAUAGACAUUUUACAGGGAAAUAGUAUUCUCAUGAUUAUCAUUUCAUUAUUCUAUUUUUAAAUGUGAACUAUUACGAGAUAAAAAGACAUAGGCGCGUGGAAUCCUAAAAUCGCGCCAUUUUGGGGGAUCCAGAUAUAUUAACUUUUCAGGAAAUAAAGUUAAGCGCCUCGGGCCAAUCAAGCUGUACCAAGAAAUGGAUUUUGUACUUUUGAACUCGUUUCAGAAUAUGAUACUCGUGUCCAGUGGUUAUCUCUGUCCAUGUGUUGUUACGAGAUAUACUGUACAUACAUGUUUACACACAUAUGCAUGCACUCACACGCAAACAGCCACAAGCACGCACACACACACACACACACACACACACACACACACACACACACACACACACACACACACCUCUGUGAUGCAAGAAAAAAUAACGUAUGACCAUUCACCAUGCACAGGAUUAUGCAUCUUGGCUGGAACUCAUGAGGUGAUAAAUGGGUUUUUGAAAAUGUGCCAAAAUGGUUUCGAGCCAAAAUAUGUCAAUCAUACAUAACCAAUACGGUUUUUUGUUUUGUUUUUUAGACAUUAAACGCGCAGAAAUAUAUUAUCUAGACUUGAUUUUGUGUUCUUAGUGAAAGUAACAAUUGUGAAAAUCUGUGACGAAGUAUUCCAAAAAUAGUUUUUUUACGUGCAAAUGAAUUGCAUUCUGAAAAUAAAACCAGUGAUGAUUUAGUGUUUGCACAUUCAGCUAAUGAAAUUAAUAUGAAGGAUCUUGAUGACUGAUGUAAAAUUUCCUUCAUUUGAGAACAUGUAGUACAUACACUUAUUAUCAUUUACAGUACACGUAAAAAAAUAUCUAUACUCUUGAAACUAUAUCCUACUUAGGUCUUUGAUCAAAACUGAACUCGAGUGUGCGUUCUUUCUAUCAUUUGCACGUUUUCUUUUUCUUUUCCUUUUUUUGUGUGAAUUGUGAAGACGGUACUGUUAUAGACUCAUCAUUCUACAUGCGUUCCCUUCGAGGAACACUUCUACAAGAGUACAAAGGCAUGAUUCCGAAUAGUGUUCGAUCGUCUGUUA